UACUGUGCAUCUAGGUCCAAUAGCAGGUAUAGUUAGGUAACUGUCCGAGCAAUCUUACUAGGUAUUAUCUGCGCGGCGCGACUUAAGUCCGGGGGACUCACGACCGCGACUGCCUCGGUCGCCGCGUCGCGCCUUCCUUUUGCUGUUGCGCUUAUUUCUGCCUGUUGUUGCAUCAUCAAAACAUCCAUCCCUCCUCCACAACGCGAGGCGCAGACAGCUCCAACAUGGACAAGCCAAUUCCAGCAUUCUACUGCUGCUAUCUCCUGCGCUCCAAGAACCGAAAGUCGUACUACAUCGGGAGCACGCCCAACCCGGCGCGUCGCCUUGCCCAACACAAUGGGGCGAGCAAGGGCGGUGCAAAACGGACCUCAAUGCAGGGGAAGAGGCCCUGGGAGAUGACCUGCAUCGUCACAGGAUUCCCUUCGAAAUACGCAGCGUUGCAGUUCGAAUGGGCAUGGCAGAACGCGCACGCGACCCGGCAUAUCGAGAAAGAUGUUCGCGAUGCGAGAGUGGAGCAGUUGCAGAAGGGCACGAAGGGAUCAACCAGUAACAAGAGGAAGAGGCCCCCGAUGUCACUGGAAGCGAGGCUCAAGAAUCUCCACUACUUACUAGGCGUCAAGAGCUUUGUAAGAUGGCCACUGGACGUCCGAUUCUUUGCUCCGGACGUGUUCGCGCUGUGGGAGAAACAUACGGCCAACAUGACGCCGAAGCUCCGAAAGAGCAUCCUCGUGCAGCUCACGCCUGCAGAGCCACCAGUCCCAGCAACUGACGCAUCGAACGAAGAGCAAGCAUUCAAGGUUCCUGACGUCAUCCGAGCGAUACCAAUUGCAUACGAAGACUGCAAAGCGCACGUUGAGAAGGCGAGGACGCUGUUGGGGGACAGUCAAGAGAGGUCUUGCGGUGUCUGCAGAAAGAAGGCGAACGGGAAGGUAUUAGUCUGCCCAGUCGGAACAUGCCCCACCGUCACCCAUAUGAUAUGCCUCUCCCAACGAUUUCUUGCCGAAGAAGGCACCCAAGACGCUCUGAUCCCCAUCGAAGGCACCUGUCCUGGCUGCCACGCGCCAGUCAAAUGGGGCACGCUAGUGAAAGAGCUCAGCCUACGCAUGUACGGCCAGAAAGAGAUCGAAGCUAUGUUCAAGCCGAAGAAGAAUAAGAAGGCGGACAGCGCCUCCGAGGUGGAGCCGGCAGAGCCACAAGAAGUUGGGGAGCAAGACGAUGACUUGGACGAGACAUGGAUGGACGAAGUGGACGAGGAUGAUGAUCUCCCUCAACUCAAGAUUGGAUGAUGACGGCCCAGCCACCUCACCACGGCUCAACCGAUCUCAAUGACAAAUCCUCCUUAUCGACCUUCUCCACCACCCUAUCUACCGCCGCCUUCACCCUGCUCUGUACCUCCUCCAAGCUCGCUCCGGCAUCGAUCCUCACGAAAUCGUCCUUCUCGCUGCUCUCCAUCAGAACAUUGAACAACUCCCUUACCCCAUCCUGCAUCUCCUGUUUCUCAUACUUCUCAGUCCCAUAUCCACCUCGUUUCGCAGCAUCUUCGGCAGAUAUAUCAAGGAAUAUACAGGCAUCCGGACGCGGGAGUCCGACUUCUGGGUGCCGCGCCCAGGCGAGGGAAAGCGUGGGAUUGUGCUUUGCGGCGCUGUACACGCAGCCAGAGUAGUAAUAACGGUCUAUUAUCACGGUAGUGCCAGCAGAUAUGUCGGCUUGUAUGGACGCACUAAUAGACUGUCAGUCAUU